AGUGACGUCGUCACUGUCAAAGUCACCCACCUCAUCUUAAAGGACCAUGUCGCUCUCGCUGCUUCUGCUGCCUCGCAGGGGCCUGUUACUGGCGGCUGCCGCUGUGGGAAGGCGCAGCCUGUCGCAGGCGAGGCCUCGCCGGAGCGGAGACCGAACCCGGCCCCAUGCAAAGAGCCGCCUGACGGGAACGGCUGGAGCCGCUACCUUGGUGGGCAGCCUCAGCCUAUCAGUGUUUUCUAUGUUCUCCCGCAAAGCGGAGAAAGAGAAGCAAGGAGAGGAAGGCCAGAAUGAGGAGACUGAAGAAGACACCAUUAUUUUUUUGCUGAAGAAAGCCAAGCUCAGCAUCAUGAAAGGAGAGUUGGAAGAAGCUGAGAGGCUCCUUCACGAAGCUGCUGGACUCUCGCACCAGUCGGACAACAAGAAAGCUAUUAUUUAUACAUACGACACGAUGGCGAAUUUGGCUUUUUUGAGGGGGCAGCUGGACCACGCAGAAAAACUUUUCAAAGCGGCAAUGAGCUACCUGCUGGCUGGAGACAUGAAGCAAGACGACAAUGCCAUCAUCGAGAUGUCCCUCAAGCUGGCCAGCAUCUACGCCGCACAGGAGCAGCACAAGUUGGCCUUGGCUGGCUACGAGUUCUGCAUCCUGACCCUGGAAGAGAAGAUAGCCAAGCAAAAGGACAUGCCCGCCGAUGGUUUACCAGAGGAAGAGAAGGUCGACACACUCCUCCUCCUGGGGAUGACCCUCGACUCCUACGCCCGCUUCCUGCUGGCCCACGAUCAGGCAGCGGUGGCCCAGAGGAUGUACAAGCGGGCACUGCAGAUCUCACUGGACGUUCAAGGAGAGACACACCCCCAGAAGAUUAUUCACAGGCCAGAAAAGUCUAUAAAGAAGCCCUGGCGCGGGCAGAGAAGGCAGAAGACAUCACUUCUGCCCAAUACAUUCGGAAAGAACUGGCCGAACUCACGAGGCGGAAGAAGGAAAAAGAGCAGCCGAAAUCUACGGCCGAUUUUGCAGGAGAGCAGAAGUGAAGGGAGGAGUGAGAGAGAGGCAGAAAUGCUUCGAGGCGUGGCGUCUGCCUCCACGUUGCAGGACCCGUGUUGUGGAAAACACAGGCAGACUCGUGAAGCAUCUCUGACAAAGAGAUCGUGUUGAAGGCCAAGAGGGCGGCAGGAUGGGACUCUGGGAGACUGAGGGUUAGUUGUGCAAUUAAAACAUAACGGUGGGACUAAGCUGGGCUUCUCUGACAAUGUCUUUGUGUUUGAAUGGGAGAAAAGAAGCCACAGGUUAGAUCCCGUCAAAUAAAGAUGUUUGCAGCUGA